GGAGGAGAACCACCGGCAAUUGAAGGAAACAAAGGAAAUUAAAGUGAACCCAAGCCAAUUUAAGGAUGAAAAGAGGAAUUCAUGGCUGUUUCCUUACCUAAAACCGAAGAUUCAUUCUCACCCAACCAAGAGCAAGUCACGGACAGGGAUGGAAGAGCAGAGCAGAUCCGGAAAUUUCUCUGCAGGGGGGAAGGUUUCUAAGCUCCAAAUCGGGUUCUUGAACAAGAAAAGCAAGAAAAAAUCAAGUUUCCUCACCGGUUUUUCAAGGGGGAGAGAGUUGGUGGCUUAGGGGGGCUUGUCGGGAGGAAGAGUCGGAGGAGAAGAACAGAGCAGACACGCGGGUCUGAUGAGGAAGAAAAGAAAGAAAAAAAGAAAAAGGAAAGCAGCUAAUCCUUAUCCUAAUUUCCUUUCUUUUUUAAUCCCUCAAGUUUUGAAAAUUUUGCUAUUAAGCCCCUCAAUAAUAUUUCUUCACAAUU